ACGGCUAUUGAACUCGAACACCAUGUAACACAAAGCCACUGGAUACUGAAGACGCAAAGAAAAGAGACAUGACCGCUGGUCAAGCAGGAGACACUGUAAAUACAAAAGAGAGACGGGCAGUUCUUGACAAAUCUCGGGAUAAGAACAGUGAGAGGAAGGAGCUGUCAGAGCGGGAUGGCUGGUGGAGAAGCGAGAUUAAAGAUUCUCCAAACCCUGGGAGCUAUCACAUCAAGGACUUCAUUGAAGAAUCCCGGCUGAAUCCUGUCAAAAUAACAUACAGCUUCAAAGGUAGUGGCAGGAAGUAUCCCGUGGGUGUGGUGCGUAAGGGAGACUUCCUGUUACCAGGAGCCUACAGCCUUACCAACUUUGUACAGCAGGCCGAGAAACGGAACGCCACUUACUGCUUCAAAAACAGUCCCAGACCCAACAAUUUCACACUAGGGAUUAGAGACAAGGAUAUAGAUGUCUCACCGUGUCACUACAAUGUAACAGAAAAACCUGUUGUAAAGUUACCCUGCAAUCAUGUGAUGUUCCGAUCUGCUGUUCAGCGAUUGACCUUUAUUCCUAAGGAGGGACCAGCACCAGGCCAGUAUCAUGUCACAAAGCAGUCAGGCCAGCAUGCUAUCACUUCUUGUUUCCGGUCAACAGUGCCCCGUCUGGUCACCCCUCGCUCAAAAACUCCUGGCCCUGGUACAUAUGAACCCCUAUGGCAGACGACUUGGCUCCUGAAGAGAGGCUCAGCAACGGAACGUGUGCAUGGUCUUUUCUUCCGCAAUAUGUUAGAGAUGUAAAAUUUUACUGUUUAAUAGAAAUAAGUUCAUGUUGGAAGAUGACGGAAGCUACAGUACUAAUGGAAAAAUCAAUAUGUAAAAAAAGAUCAGACAAAUUAAGGAAGUAUGCAUGCCCACUUAUACAGCUCCUUUAAACGUCUAAAUGCACAGUGUUUGUGUGUUGUGUUAGGCCCUGGUUAAGAAUGGUUGGAGACCCGUUUCCACAGUGCAGUGGCAGCAGGCUUUAAGCCUUACCCCUGGAGUAUUUCAAACCUGUUUAUUUAAACUCCGUUUUAGUGAGCAAAGUAUCCCUGGAACCUUCCCCAUGCUGACACUAGUUCUUUUUUCAACACAGGACCAAAACAUACAAUGAAAUACACACCAAAAAUAAGCCACCAGCAUUCUGAGAUCAAAAAAGAGUGAUACUUCCUUAGAAGCUGUAAUAUAGGACUUUUACUCAACCAGUUUAUCUUCAGACCUGCCAGAUUUCUGAUAAUCAUCAGCUUACCCUCAAACAUGUUAAAAACACACACACACAGCUCCCUGAUUGAGAAAUUGUCUAUUACCUCUAGAUAAGAAAAAUUAAAUGAUUGCAUUUGUAAUGGCUUCAUUUUAUCUGCAGUGUCUAUGGUAAUGGAGUAUGAGCAGGAUGCACUCUUUUGUCAGUUUGCCACAUACAGUCAAUUGACCUGUGAGAAGUGAGUGUACAAAGUGCACAACUUUUUCCACAGCAUGAAAAAGUUUCUUGCCGACUGUCAAUCACAGCCCCCUUCUGCUGUGAGAGCCUGCCAGUUUCUUCUGACAAAUCUCACAUGCAACUGCAAUCAAACUGAUUUUCUGCUGAUUUGAUAUAUCUGGAAAAGGUUGGUCUAUGUCUGCUGGAAAGUGAAAGUCAGAGAAAGUGAAAAGUAGUCUAUUUGGCUGUAAUUGUAAUGGUUUGCUAUCCUUAGAUACACAUAGUACGUGAUCAUCAGGCUUGCUUUUGCAUAUAAGCAAGUGAAAUUAGCCAUCGAAGAAAAACUUCAGGGCUAGUUAAUUUCAUCAUAAUAUUCUUGGAGAAGAAACCCGAGCCCUACUGAUGGGUGCAUUGAGAUAUAUAGGCAAAAUCCUGUGCUUAAUGCUGCUGUGACUAUAAACUACAAGCAGGGGUGGCAAUGCUCUGCACUAGUAAUGACAUGUGGAACGGAGUCUAGACAGCUCUAUCACUUCAUUUUACUGCUUUAUUAAGGAUGCCGUUUUUAGAUCAGUGAGUCACUUCCUUGCUAUUUCCCACCGUAUAUUUUAAUAGCACUCCCGAGCUGCAUGUUAACAGCUGCAGAGAGACUCCUCCACCCCAUCUCCAUGUUAACGAUCCGUUGACUUGUGGCACAGAAAAACACUUUCAUUAGAGGCAGGGAAAGCAGUGGGGUUGCAUCUUAUCACGUCAUCAAGGGAUGAUGACAUUCAUAAAAGUUCACUGAUGGCUAACUGAAUAAGUGCAGUGCUGUCAAUUUUGGCAACACAUGAAUGUCAAAAUCUCAGUUUUGAAACAUUUUGUAGAGACGGCUGUGUGCAAUGGAAGAUCUUCAUAAAGCAGUGAUUCACGGGAAGGUUGAACCUCUGGAUUUAAAUAGUAACUUUGAUUAUGAAAGAGUCCUGGGGUUUCUGAAUGCGAGCCGAUUAGUGCAGGUUUGGCAGUGUCGAGAACAAACAGGCAUUGAAAGGUCUGCAAGCAGCUGGCUGUUGUACAUCUUUUAAAAUCAAGAGAAUUAAGGUUCUGUAUACAGAGCUCCAUAGUGCCCUGUUACAAUCCCCACAUCACCCAUGCUCGUGAUCCUUCACUACUCAAAGGUUAAAUAGUAUUAACCUGUAGGAAUGAUUUUACCAGCUCUAAUAGGGUUUAGCCUACUUUCCCCACUACAACUGCUACUCAGAGAAGCCUCUGAAAAAUGGUUUCCAGGUAACAAAGGCAAGCAACUUUUAUGGAAUCCAUUAAUUUUGGAAAAAGGAAAUAUCCCCCUCAAGAGGGGAAAAGUACAUCACAGAAGUAGAAGCUUUUAGAUCUGCUUUAACAGCAGAACAAGAGCCAGACUCAGCUUAAUCUAAUCUAUCAAUGUGGGACAGAAUGUACCCAAUCUUUACAGUUCUUCCCUUUAAAUGACAUGAGUGGUAAGAUUUUAGACAGCAGUACUGGUAUUAUUCUAGUGCAGAGAUACACACUGCAUAUGUGGUAAUACUGUACAUAGUCUGUACCCAAAGAUGACAGAGCUGUAAUAAAUGAAUGACUUGAACAUAUGAUUGCUUUUGAAUAAAAUUUGAAGCAGUAUUGAUUUACAUUUUCACCUAAAUGAGCCUUGUGACACAUCUACAACUGUUAAUGGCAAGCAAAUUGAUAAAACUAUCCUUUGAGGUUUACACCACCUUAAAAGAUUUUUUUAGCAGUCUGAAAACAAUGAGUCAUCUUAACUAAUUCACACCACCAGAGGCCUGGUUGCUAAGACUAUUGGUGCAUCUGCCUCAGCACUCUCAUGAAAGGACCAUUUCCUGUGAUGGGAUCUUAUUUAAUCCAUCCUACUGUGAAUGAGAAAUGACUUGGGGACUGUCUGAUACAGUCUGCCAUAUUAAAAGCCCAGUAAGUCAUAACCGGAGUAUUCCUUAGACUGACCAGCUUGCCUCUAAUGUAACAAAUUAGAAGAUCUUCUUUGGAAAAAUCCAUUAGCUAUCAAAGUCUCUACAUAUAAUCAAAAGAAAUAAAAUGAAAACCGCUACUUUUCUGUACUAAAGCUUUUUAAUUUCUAUUGAAACAUAGGGACAAAAUGCAUCCUUCAGCAAUUUGAAAGUAUUGGGAGUGUCUUAGAAACAAUAUAAAUACAACAAAUAAGACACAAAUAAGGUACAUGGCAAUGAGCAAUUCAUUGAUAGCUGAAAGGCGAUGACCAAUGCAGGAUUUAUAUUUAAUGCAGUUUUAUACAUCAGGCUGCAGGAAAAGAAGCCUUCCCCCAGAAAGUGAUAACUUUAACUGAAUAGUUUCGAUUUCAUUACCUUGUUUUAAUACUACCCCAGAAGCACAAUGUGUUUUUUUUAACAUUGCUAUUACAUGCGUGAUAUUUUCUUUCAAUGGAUAUUGAAAUAUAGGGAGAGGUCUUGUCAGGUGAAGCUCAUCGAGUCUCAUAGCAUAGAGAAAUUCGGGAUGAAUAUACAGGAUUUUGUGGUUUUUAAAGUGUUUUAUUAGCUCAACGAAUUAUAACCCUAGAAACCUUUUCACUGACUUUAUGGUACUUCUUGUAAUUAUUGAUUGUGAUUCAGUCUUUGGUUUAUAUUGUAUUGCAGUGAAUACAUUUGUAUUUCUUCUUUAUGGAAAUCACAGCAGAUGAAAGUCUAUGGAAUUGAUCCGAAAUACAGCAAGAAGCAAUGAUCAAAGGAAAUAAUUGUCUGACAGCCUUAAGAAAAAACAUUUUAAUUGAAAACCAGUUUCUAUCAUUGUUCUUACAGUCAAGCUACCAACAGAUACCAGUGGUUAUUUUUUUGACAUUUGAAACGCCUGCUAGAAUAAACCAA